AUGUCAUAUCGGACAUAUAAGAGAAAGGUUGCUCAUAAUCGCAUGACAAAGUUCGAGAAGUUGGACAUUUUGGCAAAACUGUCGGUCAAAUACAGCGAAUCGAGUGAUGAAGCGGCACAAGCAUACGAUAAUGGACAAGAUGCGACAGAUACUGUCUUAAAGGGGGGAGAUAAUGACAAUGGAGUAACACACAGGAAGUAUAAUUGUGAUAUUAGAUACAUGAAAGGUGAAAACGAGCAAUCUGGCGAUAAAGCAUCCGCACAUAAUGAGGCUAAUGAUGAAAUAACCAAUACAACGAAUGAAUUGGCUUUGACAGACAAGAACCAAAAUGGAGGUGUUACUGACGAGAUAUACCACGCUAACGACUCAACAAUCAAACAUAAGCUAUCGCCUGUCGAGAUAUACUCGGUGAAUGAAUGUAGCAGAUCUGAACAUAGCGUUGGAAAUUUUGCGGAAAAGAGCAGUCUGAGAAAACAUUAUGAAAGAUAUGGUAGAAAACAAAAAGCAUAUAAGCGCAACUGCAUGGUCACAGUUCAAGAUUAUCGAUCCAUGGAUGGUUCAUAUGACGUAAAGAGUGCUGUAACAAGCUCGCACGACACGCACGCUUUACAAGAGGAGUACAAGAUGACAGAUCUUAAAGUCAAUAGCAACAUGUACAGGCCAUCACGAGGCAUAUAUGAUGAUGAUAUCGAUGAUAUGGCGUCAAAAAACUCCUGUCACAACACACGUAUCAACGAUAUGAGCACGAUGAAACACAUGAAAAAAGGGCCUCCUGUUGAGUUUCUUGGCAGUUCUACGUGCAACUUUGAUACAAAUGACCGCUUUACCGACAUGUUUUGUGCAAAAACCGUAGGUGAAGAAUGCGCUCUCAAUACCCAUCGCUUUUCUAACGAAAAUAUUAGCGAAACUGGCUGGAUGCGAGGCAGAAAAACUAUAAACAAGUAUUCUCUGUGUCAUAUAUACGGUAAUAUUGAAGCGAUGCCUAACCAUGUACAUAACGAGCUUGAUAUUCCGGUAACGAAACACAGUUUUGUAAAUAAUUCGGCUCCAUGUCAGAGACCAACCAAGUUUUACACCUCAAGAGGCGAUUGUUUUCAACAACAGGAGAGCAUCGCUGACAGGUCUGGGACAAAGCCGGCUCAUGAACUCAGAACGUUAUAUGCAAAGUUCAAGACAAAGUUAAAAACUUACGAAUAUAAUGAGUACAGGAACCUCGACUAUCUCAUAAGUAUGAUCGAAGACCUGAGCGAGAGAAAGAAAAAAUCACAAAAAAACACGCUGUCAAACAAAGCAAAGAAAAUACUGCAUUCCAAAUGUGAACUAAGGCGACGAACCGCCAUAAAUUUGGGAUUGUUGGCAAUAUCAGAUUUUAUUGAUAAAACGACCGCAUCCAAGCGCAAUAAGAAAAAGAUAAUAUUUGGUGCUCUGCAGCUCAUUCUGAAGCUAAAAUUGGAAAGUUUGAGUUCCUAG